CUCCCUCUCUCCUCCGGGAGGGCAGGGCUGCUGCAGCACUCUUUUAUGAACGGCGCGGCUGCAUCAUGAUCCGGUCCCCGCUGGAGCAACCGCGACUUCGUCCAUUGACAAACCAUCCGCUUCCUUCGCUCGAGUCACGGGGGGCACCGAGGCGUGGACCGGGGCCGGAGGAGGGGCGCGCGUGAGCGGCAGAGGCGGCAGCCGCCGCAGCAGCAGCAGCAGCAGUGACAACAAGCGCUCCGAGCUGUUGAUUCCUCUCGGACCCGCCACCGAGACCAGCCGCAGGUCCCUCGCGGGGCGGUGUUUCUCGGCUCCCAUGGAGCGACCACGGAGGCUUCUGGACGCCGUUUCGCAUCGCGGACAUCUGCGAGACUGCAGCGGCCGGUGCGCGAUGCGAACGGAGCCGUGGGCGGUUUAGACCCCGCUCACCAUCUGCACCGCCAACCCCCCUCCUCCCCCUUCACGCGGGACGCUCAGCUUGGCGCGGCUGCACGCGGGCACCAUGUCUCGGGCGGCGGCGAUCGCGAGCUCGCUGAUCCGGCAGAAGCGGCAGGCGCGCGAGCGGGAGAAGGCGAACGCCUGCCGCGGCAGCGGAAGUCCCAGCAACAGCAAAGGAACCAACGAGAAACCCAGCAAGCUGAACGUGUUCUCCCGGGUCAAACUGUUCGGAUCGAGGAAGAAGAGGAAGAGAAGGCGGCCGCCAGAGCCGCAGCUAAAGGGCAUCGUGACCCGGCUGUCCAGUCGCCAGGGCUUCCAGCUGCAGAUGCAGCCCGACGGAACCAUCGACGGGACCAAGGAUGAAGACAGCACCUACGCUGUGUUCAACCUGAUCCCGGUGGGGCUCCGAGUGGUGGCCAUCCAGGGGGUCCAGACCAAGCUGUACCUGGCCAUGAACAACGAAGGCUUCCUCUACACCUCUGAGCACUUCACCCCGGAGUGUAAAUUCAAAGAGUCAGUGUUCGAGAACUACUACGUCACCUACUCCUCCAUGUUGUACCGGCAGCAGGCCUCGGGCCGGGCCUGGUACCUGGGCCUGAACAAGGAGGGCGCCAUCAUGAAGGGCAACCAUGUGAAGAAGAACAAGGCCGCAGCACACUUUAUACCCAAGCCGCUCAAAGUGGCCAUGUACCGGGAGCCGUCCCUCCACGACCUGACGGAGCUCUCGCGCUCAGGCAGCGGGACGCCCACCAAGAGUCGCAGCGCCUCGGCCAUCCUGAACGGAGGCGGCAAGUCGCCCAGCAACCAGGACUUAUCCUAGCCCUGGCAGCCCUGCCACACCCCCGCACACACACACGCACACACACACACACACACUCGGAUCUCAGGCCGGCACCACCACACUUGGAUCCCACUGUGACUGACUGUGAUGUACAGAACUCCAGGACAAUCAAUGUGCUGCGCAGAGGAAGCUGUGGACGCCGCCUCCUGACGGGGGCGCAAGAGAGUCAGUCACACACACACGGACUGUUAACCACAACCAAAGAGCUAAGGACCAGAAGGAGGCUCCGCCGCGGCGUGUUUACAUGCAGCUCACCUGGUGACGUCAUGGUUUUGGGAGCGACGCACCGAGCCCUCGGACACACUGGGCAGGACGGGACCUGGGUUUGCAUGCGGGUGCGCUGCAGGGCGUGUGAGCGUGUGCAUGUCUCCCGGGGGUUUUUCACGAGCAGGUUUCCUGUAUAUGCUUCCAUGUUACCUUCUGACCAGCUUCUCUGCCCUUCUGUUUGUCGUGGUGUCCCUCGCUGUUUGUUUAUCGUUGCAUGGAAGCUUGUGGACCUCUGCGCAGUAGCAGCAUGCGAAGGUCCUCUUUCCCCUGGUGUGUUUCUGGCCACUAGAACAGGAGCGAACCGAUAGUGUCCUACCAGAACACUAGUGAGCGCGUUAGAGCACCACCGGACCAACAGAAGCGAACACACCAGAACACGAGCGGACCAAUCGUGUUGGGCCAGGUCUUUGGUCAACCAACGGGACAGCACAGACACAUUGAAUAUUUUGGUUCCUGCUGUGGACAAACUAGAAAUGCACUAAAUAAACUCUUUCUUAAGAAGCACUUUUGUCUGAUGGCACCUCUCGGGUUUCCUCUUCGAACCAGGAAGACUGGCUUCUGUUCCGGUCACAUGACCAGCUGGGGUGGAAAACCAGCACCGGCCAGAAAAGUCCACUUGAACACGUAAACGCAACAGCUACGGAAAUGACUAAAACAUUCAUGUGACUAUUGAGACAAAUGUGGACUUACCAGCGUUUUGUAGAGGCGCUCCUCAAGCCGACACUGCUUCCUCGCGCCCCCGCAGCGCUACCGCCACCUGCUGCACGAGUGGGCUCAUUGCACGUGGAAUCUUUUAAUGAAUUCAUAUUUGAGUCUUUCAUAUAUUGCCAAAAGUCACAGGGGGCUCAAAUUAUGUUAAACACUUGACUGUUCUAUCAAGGGACCAGCUCUGCAUGACGCUCAUGACGUUUCAUGUAUUUAUUUAUUUCUCUUUUGUUUAAAAUAACAGAAAUACGACGUGUUUAUCAAUUUAAAUAUAUAUCAAUAUAACUUGUACCUUUAUUUCAUAUUAUUUAAGCGACAAAUGUAGCUACAUAAAAAAAAUAUUCAAUAUAAACAAUGUAAAAUGUUUUCGAAUUUUUUACCUGCACUUAUCCAGAGGUAAAUAAGGGGCGGGAAAAAAGCCUUCAGCGUGUAUUUGAGCGAUGAAAAGCAAAACUACGUUGUUUAAACAUGAAAGUUGGUGCCAUUUUCAACAUUGUCCAUCCUAUCAGUCGCCACUUGAUGACAUUAUAGCAGCGCCCGGGCGCCAUCCGUCUGUCGUGGAUCAAUAAAGUCAAAUCAACAAGUUUGAAUAGAAGCCACUUUUAAUCCGUGUCCUCGUGAAGACUCCGCACGAAUACUUGAACGUCACAAAACAUCUGUCAAACCAUAAAAUAUGAACAUGUAAAGUGCAAAAUAUGAAACAUUUAUAAACACCACUUUCACAUUUGGUUAAGAAAGAACACUUUGGUUGCAGGAACAGUGUCGAACUGGGCAUCUUCACUGAUUUAAAUACGCAUCAGAAGAUAAUUUAAGACAAAUCAAAUAACUUAAAUGUGUGAACAAAGAACACAGAGGGAUCCUUUUUGACCCACAGGUUUAGUCCAGCAGAAGCAGGCAGGAGUUAGUAACAGACCGUUGGGAACAUGAGCGUCGAGCGUCUCCCACAGGAAGGUCGCGGCCUCGGCCUGUUUCGAACUGUGACUCAGCAACUGCGACCCACAUUCAUGAGAUAUUUACAGCGGCCCCGACGCGGUGCAUCCCGAAACGCUGGCUUCAGUUU